UCACGUGGUCGGUCGUUUGGAGGGUGGCCUAUACGCCGGGCGCCGGCGACGAGAAAAUUACGCGGACCGGAAGUAUAAAAAAUAUAUAGUCGAUGAAAUUAUAGUCCAACAUCGAGUUCCGGUUUUCGUCUAUUCACUGACACGCCCAUUUAAUAACUGUCUAAUGCUGUUGGCUUUCAAUAAGAUCCGAGGAAAAUGACAUUCGCUUUUAUUGGAACCCCGGAAGUGGAAGGGUCACGUAAUCGUCCCCGAAUUUAGCCACGAAAUCACCUUAAUUUUACACCCCAAAAAAUGACCGGGGCCUUUUAAACUGCGGUUUUGUGUGGACUUAUCGGUGGUUAAGAUAAAAUAAUUUUGUUCUUUCAAUAUCGUUGAAUGUCUCCUCAGCAUUCACUGACCGGGUUUUUCUUUAUCGUUGAUCUGAACUAAUCAAAGUGUAUUUGAAAAAAGAAGACCGUGUACUGAAAGCGUCAGUUAUAGAAAUUUUGAUUUCGUAAAAUUGGAACGUAAUGUUCUGAAGACUCGGUGACUCUUAGUAAGCGAGGGAAUUGCUCACAACUAUAGUGCUCUUUUCGGUUUUUAGACUUUCGCGCAAGUUUCUUUCACGAUUUUGCUUUUUCCUGCGUAAGAUUGUGAUUUUAUGAGACACUGUUAACUUUAAAGAAUUUUGUUCAUGGAUUUUUCGGAAUUUAAUUAUAACGCUAGAAUGUAGAUUCUAAUCAAAUUUGUUCAAACACACAUAUAAUUUCAUAGUUUUGUAAAAGUGAAAAAAGGUAGAUGAGAACCUGCUAUAGAUAAAAAACACCGUAAAUUUUUAGUUUACAACGGUUUUAACCACUGCAAUCAUUCUAGCUUAUUCUUAUCUUGUCUAAACCCGCGGCAUUCUUGAGAAGUCACAAAUUACAUUUUUUUUCCUUGAAAUAUUGCUCAAUUACUCCUCCUUAAAAAGUUUAAAAUACUUUUUUGUAUUAAUAUUUUGUAGUUCUGUUAUUAUUUGUCAUUUUUGAAGCGUUUGAAAUUAAAUUGUGCUUUUACGCGUAGUACAAACAAUAUCCGCUUUUACUGUAUAUUUAUAGAAUAAUAUUUACUCGCGUAAGGAAUAAAAGACAUGUUUAUCAAAAAUUUACAAGAGAAAUAAAAAAUACACAAACUCACAAAUUAGCAGGACAUGAUCGAUUGUGUGAAAAACGCUUUAUCAAAUGAAAAGAUUAUUAUCAUAAAUAUUUCAAAAGUCGCCUUUUCACGCACGAUGUAGUCAAAAUCAGCAUAACGUGUGUCGUCAACAGUAUUGAAUCUUAUCAAUCGAACUAGGUACAUUAAUAGUUCUAACGAAUUUUCGGGAAGUUAAAGACUAACCAUGGUUUUCAACGAGAUAUAUCAGUCCAAGUUCAACAGACUUUUAUACUUGAUUCUGUAUUUUUUCGACUUGUGCGUGAAAGUCUAAAAAGGUGCGCUCGGUGAUUCAUCUUGAGGGAGGAUUUGCAAGAUACACGAUGGAAUUCAUGUGCCGAUCUAUUUACAUCGUUAUCUCAACACUAUUCACCUUAGCCUUUUCAGCAAUUGUGACUGAGGAGCCAGAAUUUAUAGCUGCUAUAGAAAAUGUAACCGUGUCCGCUGGCAGGAACGUGAAACUUUCCUGUUCGGUGAAAAAUCUCGGCACUUACAAGGUGGCGUGGAUGCAUUUCGAGCAGUCGGCCAUUUUGACCGUCCAAAAUCACGUGAUCACUCGGAACCCGAGAAUUUCCAUGAGCCACGACAAACACACCACGUGGUCCCUUCACAUAGAAAAUGUUCAAGAGGAAGACAAAGGCCGGUACAUGUGUCAAAUAAAUACGGUAGCAGCUAAAACACAAUUCGGCUACUUGAAUGUCGUAGUGCCUCCAAAUAUUGACGACGCCUUAAGCAGCUCUGACGUAAUCGUGAGGGAAGGUGCUAGUGUAAAUCUCACAUGUCGAGCUAGUGGAAAACCACCACCGACAAUUAAAUGGAGGAGAGAUGGUGGUGCUCAAUUAUCAAGAAGCAAAAAUCUUCAAGAGUGGGAGGGUGAGGUGAUGGAACUGCCAAAAAUCAGCCGAUUGGACAUGGGAGCUUACCUGUGUAUUGCGAACAAUUCAGUUCAGCCUGCCGUUAGCAAGAAAAUUAUGGUUUCCGUUGACUUUCCUCCGCAAUUGGUGAUCCCGCACCAGCUGGUGGGGGCCCCGGUGGGCUCGAGCGUGACGCUGGAGUGCGUGACGGAGGCCCACCCGGCCUCCCUGAACUACUGGGCCAGCGAGCGGGGCGACAUGAUCCACGACAACGGGGCCAAGUACAAGAUCGAGACCCAGGUCGGGCCCCCCAAGUACAAGACCCACAUGAAGCUCCACAUCCGCGAGAUCGCCGACAGGGACUUCGGCAUCUACAAGUGCAUCUCCAAGAACCCGCGCGGCGAGACCGAGGGAACCAUCCGGCUUUACGCCAAUCACCCACCGACCACCUCGCCCAAGCCAACUACCUCCACCACAGUGCCCGUUGUCCCUGCCGUCAGUCGCGAUCCAUUGCGAGAACUUGGAGGCAAAAAUAGCAAUAAUGAUAAUCAAUCGGGCUCAGGAACGAGCUCCGGUAAAGGCUCAAAGCAUUCUCCAACGAACACAAAUGAAAUUCCUACUUAUGGCACGAAAACGAAGAACAGAGAUAACAAAAUGUCGCAGGUGGCGGCUACAGGCUCAGGCUGUCCUUCCAUGGAAGUUUCAGUUACCCUUUUCAUUUUGCUCACAACGAUCAUUUGUCACAUUCAUGACUGGAGUUAAGAAUCCAAUCGAAAACGAUGCUCACCAACCCCAGCCGCGAGAGCGUACUUUGCGACAAGAACAGAGACAGCGGCGAUGCUUCAAUUACGUGACUUUUUCAUAUCAAUUACUGGUACUCGGAGUCCAGUAUUCUCGCAAA